AGGAAAGCUAAGCGUGCCCGUUCUGAAAAGCAGACGCAGAAAUGGCAGGAACUGUCAGAGCGAUUGAAGGCGGGUUUCGAGAAGGGCGAUGCGGUGUGGUUAUACAUACCCCGCGUGCAACCCGGAUUGAGCAAGAAGCUUGCGCACCAGUGGCGCGGACCAUUCAGGAUCGACGAAAUCCGAGAUGAUUUCCGGGUCAAGCUCAAGGUUGAAGGCUCGGGAUACCGAGUGAAUCCCUGGGUUCACAUCAGCGGACUCAAACCAAGAGCUGUGUACCCUCGGAGACCACGCAAAGAGCUCGACCUGGAAGAUGACCUGGAUUUCGAUGCCGCGCUACUUCCUGAGGACAGUUGGGAGCCGGACAACCUGAAUGGCGUUUACGAAGUGGAGAAGAUUCUUGACCUCCGUUGGGUGAAACGCACUCAGACGUCUAAGCGCACUCGCGAAUACCAAAUCAAGUGGAAAGGGUAUCGAGAUCCGGAAUGGAUUCCCUUUUCCCAGCUCAACUGUGGUGCCCUCUUAUACGAGUUCGACCAAGGGGCGAAGGCUAAGGCUUGCUUUCGAGCGAUGCAAGCCGGGGAUGACCACCCCAGGCUAUAA